CUGGAAAAAUGUCUGAGAAUUCCAGUGACAGUGAUUCAUCUUGUGGUUGGACUGUCAUCAAUCAUGAGGGAUCAGAUAUAGAGACGGUGAACACGGAAAAUGCCGGGGCCAGUGACAACAUCGAGGUCGCCUCUGGAGGAUAUGCAGUUUCAUCGGAACAGCAAGAUCAGCCAUCGGAUCUGGGAGAAAGCAACCAAGGUGACACAGUGCCCAUGGAGGAAACUGGUUUUUCUGCUUUAGAGGAAACCAAGUCAGCUUUUGAGGCUAAAAGAGAGAAAUCACCUGAUGAUAAUGUCUGUUUUGGGGCUAUCAGUGAUGAUUCUGAUAUUGUGACUCUUGAACCACCCAAACUGGAAGAAAUCGAAAUCCAAGAAGAGGCUGUUGUUGUUGAUGAGGAGGUUCAAGGACCUGAAGAUUUUAACAUGGGCUCUUCUUCUAGCAGCCAGUAUGCAUUCUGUCAACCAGAAACUGACAGUUGGUGGGCCAAGCUGUGGAAGAUUCCCAAGUAUAUAAGGGGAUGGGAUGAUCAUCAUCGGCCUGGCCAACUCCCUCUUCAAGCCUUUUCGGCUCCGCACAGCGGCGACGAGUCGAGCAGCGACGAAGCCCGCCCCGGGCCCAGCGUCACGGUGAGGCGCCGCCGGGCCAGGAAGAAGACGGUUUCCAGUUCGGAGUCGGAGGACCGGCCGCCCGCGGAGCAGGAGACGGAGCCGCCCAGAGAGGAGCCCCCGCGCCGCCAGCUCAGCAGCGGCCUCAACCGCUGUAUCAUCCUGGCCCUGGUGAUGGCCAUCAGCAUGGGCUUUGGCCACUUCUACGGCAAACCUAAAGGUACAAUUCAGAUUCAGAAACGGCAACAACUGGUAGAAAAGCUACAUGAGGAUGAACUAAAUGACAUGAAGGAUGAUCUUUUCCAGUGCCAGCAAGAACAAGGAUCUUUUGUCAACAACAGGCCCCUAGAAGAAAACCGUGCCACAUACCUGACCCUGUCUGAAGAAGAGAAGAUGUCUUUUGAAACUCAGAAAGAGAGCCUCGCGAGCGAAAACCAGCAUCUCCGUGUGUCUCUCGAGAAAGAAGAGGAAGCCUUAUCCUCCUUACAGGAUGAGUUACGGAAGCUGAGGGAGCAGGUGAGGAAUCUGGAAGACAAAGGAACCAGCACAGACUUGAUCGCGACCGAAAACGAGAAACUCAAGCAGCACCUGGAAGAAGAAAAGCAAAGGACUCAGCGUUUCCUGCGGCAAAAGGAGACUCUGUUGGCCGAAGCGCAGGUGCUGAGGAAGGAACUGGACAGAGAACGCCAGACGACCUCUGCUUUGAGACGGGAGCUGGAGCAGCUGAGUUCGGGUCCGUCAGCGGACGACGCGGGGCCCGAGGAGACGCCGCCCAAGGGCGACGAACUGGAAACCUUACGGGGGAGGCUGAGCGAGUUGGAACGGAAGCUGAACUUCGAGCAGCAGCGCUCGGACCUGUGGGAACGGCUGUACGUGGAAGCGAAGGAUCGAGACGGGAAGCACGAGGCGAGCGAGAAGAGGGCCAGCUUCCCCAAGGGGGCCCACCGGGCCAAGAGGAAGUCCAAGGACACGUUCUUCGGUUCCGUCAAGGAGACCUUCGACGCCAUGAAGAACUCCACCAAGGAGUUCGUCAGGCACCACAAAGAGAAGAUUAAGCAGGCCAAGGAAGCGGUGAAGGAGAACCUGAAGAAGUUCUCCGACUCAGUCAAGUCGACCUUCAGGCACUUCAAAGACACCACCAGGACCAUCUUCGACGAGAAGGGGGAUAAGCCACACGACGACCGGCGGCGCCACGAAGAGCCUCGAAAGGCGCGGACCGUGUACGGCGACCACGUGUACCCCCAGCAUAAGGCUCCUCCGCGGAGCGGCUCGCCCAGAGGCCCCCGGACCCCCAGAGAAGGAAGAAAGGCGAAGCCGGGCUCCGAGGAAACCCCCGAGAGAGACCCCCGAAAACCCCAGCGGUGCACCCGUGGCCAGUACUGUAGCACCAACCAUUACUCCCCGACCAAGGGGUGUUCCGGCGUAUUUGACUGUGCCCGUCAGGAAUCCAUCAGCCUUUUUAACAAAGUAUUGGACCCCGUCAAGGUAGACGAAUUUUAUCAGUUAAUGCACAGAUACUUGCAGCAAGAAGUAGCCAACUUCCAUCACUGGGGCGAACUUGAACGAUUUAUCAAUAAGUUUUUCCGUAACAAUGUCUUUAUACACGAUCAGAUGCUGUUCACUGACUUUGUUAAUGAUGUUAAAGAUUAUCUGGAAGACAUGAAGGAAUAUCAAAUAGAUAAUGAUGAAGUUUUUGAGGAUUUGGAUGACUAUAUAUAUAGACACUUCUUUGGUGACACUUUUUCACCUCAGUAUGGACCCAGUCGACCUGCUAAGCGCCGUUUGGCAAACACCGAAAACGCCAAGCACCGAAAACAGGAGCUGCAGCGUCCCCAGCCCCAGCGCUCUAAACGGGAAGGGAAGUGGCCCAGGCACGACCGUCCCCACGGAAGGCACAUGGCAAACCUGGAGAUCGAAUUGGGGCAGUUACCCUUUGACCCAAAAUACUGAGCGGCGCGAUUUGACACUCGUUUCUCCGAGUAACCCCCCGCAGAGAGGUGGGUGCUCUCGGCUCUUUGGUCUUUAAAGCGAAAGAAAGUGAAAUUCAUCUACGAGAAAGCAUCGUCUCUCAUCUCAUAAUCUCGCGACGUGUAAAUGCUGUUACUCCCAAAGCGUCUUAUCUUGCAUUUCUCAUAGUUUAGCUUCGCUGAUCCUCUUGACAACGGCAAUAAUCACUCGGUUGCAGUUUUUUUUUACUCCGGAAGCCAGGCAUGCGGUAGUUCGGGGCCUGAAAUGGAGGCUCUUGUUUCGGUUUUAAUAGAAAGCAAGCUCAAAGCGUACCUGACCCGCAGGUUAACACUGUUUGACGUGUUCGACUUAAAUGUAAACCUACUUUUAGAAACCGUACUUGAAGCGGGGGGUGGGGGAUGGCUCAUCUGUUCACGUUGUGUACUCUCACGCUUGCUUCUGGUCUUUCUUGGGGACGUGGGAAGAAUUUGCGACGGACAGAUGAGCUCGCUGCCUCGUUCGCUUUGUGAGAUUUCUUGCCCGGCCGACUGUCGCGGAAGGAUAAAUAAAGUAAUGCAAUGGGUUUAAAAAAAAA